AGUAAAAAAUGAGUGUUCUGUUCUUACAAUGGAUCUUCAAGCUGUCAAGCUUUCACCUUUCAUUCGUACGAAUGCAUUCUAUUAUAAAACGAAAUUAGUAUGUCAUAAUUUCACUGUAUACAAUAUAGUGUCACAUCAAUCAACCGCAUACUGGUUCAGUGAAAUUGACAGUGAUCUGUCAGCUUCGACAUUUGCAUCCUUGAUAUUAGUUUACUUGAAAGAUCAACUGUCAAGUGAGAAAAAUAUUGUUAUAUUUAGUGACGGAUGCACCUACCAGAACCGCAAUGCAAUUAUGGCGAAUGCACUUUUGAAUUACUGCAUAGAAAAUAAGUGCACCAUAAUUCAAAAAUUUUUGGAACGCGGCCAUACACAAAUGGAGUGCGACUCAGUGCAUAGCCUCAUUGAAAGGAAGUUGAAGAACAGAGAAGUCUACUUGCCAAGCAAUUACCUUACCGUAACAAUGGAAGCAAGAAAGUCUUCUCCCUACAUUGCAAAAUGGGUUACAUUCGACCAGUUUACCAACUACUCACAUAGUUCAUCACAAAGAUUUUCAAGUCUAAGGCCUGGGCAGAACAAGGUAACAGAGAUCAAGGCUCUACAGUAUUCGCCAGAUGGAAUUCAAUUCAAACUUGAUUUUGAAGAUGACUGGACAAAACUUCCGCAACGGAUAAAAAACCUGGAAAAGAAAAUAAUUUGGCCAAAACUCCAUACUUCCACACGCAAAAUAUCCAGCCAAAAGUUCAAUCAUUUGCAGCAGCUGAAAGCAUUCAUACCCCCAGACUGUCAUGCUUUCUAUGACCAGCUUCCACAUGAAUGAUCAUGAUCUAAAUAUUUAAUGAAUUCAUCUUAUCUAAUAAUUCUUACUGAAUGUUUUGCUAAUUUUUAUCUAAUCUAAUAAUUCUAACUGAAUUUUUUGCUGUUGUGUUUAUCUUAUUUCUCUUAUUAUAUUGUAAUCUUAUUUUCUAUUUCAAUUAAAAUUAUUAUAAAGAUUCAUAA